AAACCUUUCAAGAAAAUGACUUUAAUCCCCAAAUCAACCACCUUUCUCAUCCCUUUAGCACAAGUUUCAAAUUUUAAUAUCGAUUUGAUGAUGUAUUUUCUAUAUGAAAACAACACAUUUUAGCCUAUUAAUUUCACCUUCACCUCAAAAUCAAGUCAUAUAGAGUCAUUUUCAAUAAAUAAAUGCCUUUGAACUCGUGUACCAGCCUCUUAUUGGUAAAAUCCCACGUUUCUUCACCAAAUGGGUACUCCUUUCACUGAAAAUACCUACCCUUUAACGACCACCUUACCUGUUUUAUAAAUAUUUUACCUCAACCAGAGAAGCCACGCAACACAUUCAACUCUUUUCUGGUCCUAAAAACCUUCUCAGCCAUGGCAGAGCUAGACAACCCAAAUGUGAUGUCAAAUCUCAUAACUUUCUUGUCUUCUCUCAUCCAAAAAGUGGCUGAAUCCAACGAUCUAAACUGUGGGUUCCAGGCUCAGAAGAUUUCAGUUUUUCAUGGCCUAACACGCCCAACCAUCUCCAUUCAAAGCUACCUCCACAGAAUUUACAAGUACGCCAAUUGCAGCCCCUCUUGCUUUAUUGUUGCUUAUGUUUAUCUUGAUCGGUUUGCUCAAAGGCAACCCUCCUUGCCCAUCAAUUCUUUCAACGUUCAUCGCUUGCUUAUUACGAGUGUGAUGGUUGCUGCAAAGUUCAUGGAUGAUAUGUAUUACAACAAUGCUUUCUAUGCAAAAGUAGGAGGAAUCAGUACAACAGAAAUGAACUUCCUUGAAGUGGAUUUUUUAUUUGGGUUGGGAUUCCAUUUAAAUGUAAACCCCAAAACCUUUCACACCUACUAUUCCUACCUGCAAAGACAGAUGAUGAUGAUGUUGCAACCUCCACCACCAAGUACUGCACCAGAAUCCUCUAUAGAGUCCACAUUGAAAGUCCAUUUGUGCUUUAGUGAUGAGGAAUCCACAUCUCAUCAAAAGGAACAACUAGCUGUUUAAGGCCUUCAAUUUAGUGUUUAGCUCUCAAUGUCGUUUCAAUUUUGGCGUUUUCUUGUGGAUUUCCUUUGGUUUUUUUUUUUGGGGGGGGGGGUGUUGGAUCUCAAAUUGUUUAUGCAUGUACAGAUACUGGGAGUUGCUUUCUUUUUUACAGCCUGGCUAUAUAUAUAUAUAUAUAUAUAUGUCUUUUCUUUCUUUCUUCUGAAUUUAUUACUCCUGGUUUGUUUUGAUUCAUGACUGUGGCCUUUUUUUAUUUUUCAAUGAAGAGGAAAAUUGUAAAUUCCUUUAA